UAGAAGUCAAACAGGCUCCUGAGAAGCAAAGAAACGCCACUGUGUCAGAGAGAACACAAUCACUUUGAAAGAAAAGGACAAGUAUGAAGAAAUGAGUUUUGGAGUUAUUGCUGUGGAUGUAGUCUUUAAAGUUAUACUGAAGCGAGACACAACAGAUCGUUUGUCUUGGGUUGGAUCAGUCUGGUGUUUAUUGUCUUAGAUCCAUGAAUGUCUUCUUUCUCUGUUGCCAUGGGCAACUACAACGCUGCUCUUACUGCUGAUGUUGAAGAUUUCAAGUCCAUUGUAUCAACUCUGACUGAGCAGAACAGACUGGAGAACACACUCUCCAUUAAUCAUGUCAGCUGUUGAUAAAGAAGCAGGACAAGAAAUGAAUGAAGUGAACCAAGAACCAGACUUGCUGGCUCUAAAGUUUCUUUAUUGUAACAUAGAAGCACCCAAAGACACCACAGAACCUGUUAGCAACUGUACCUCUACACCCAUUCCAGAGGCUUCUUCUUCAUCAUCAUCUUCUGGCACAGCUACCUUGACUCCACUCCCUGCGUAUCUUUCUGCAUUAUUAGCUAAACCCAGACCAGCCCUGAAGGGCCCUGCCACAAUGGAGCAGAUGAGGGCAGAGCUUAGAGAACUGCGAGAUGAACUGGACACACUUAAGACUCAGCAGAAAAAGGAGAUCAAACUGCUCAUGAACGAACUUGAUGAAGAAAAAAAGAUGCGUUUGUCACUGCAAAUUGAAGUAGAACGGCUUAAGAAGCACAUGUCCAAGUGAGCCAGCGCUGAGGGAUCCAUUCAAAUUGGUCAAAUCUGACAAAUCAUGCCAUUUAACAUCUGAAUGAGCAAACUGAAGUGAAACGAAAAGCUUCCAAAGACUGAGGAAGAACUUAAAGACUUAUUUGUUUUUUAAAUGAUAUUUUAUGAUUGCAUUACAAUGUAGCAGCUUGGCUUAUUUUAAAGGAUGUUUUGAGUUUUAAUCUGUGGAAGAUGAUUGUAAAGAAAAAUCCAUUUAACUGUUGGAAUAAAGGACAUCAAAUCUUGCUUUUAAA